AUGUCUGCUGCUAUCCGGAAGAAGCUUGUUAUUGUCGGGGAUGGCGCUUGUGGAAAAACCUGUCUACUCAUAGUUUUUAGCAAGGACCAAUUUCCAGAGGUUUAUGUUCCUACCGUGUUCGAGAAUUACGUUGCGGACAUAGAAGUUGAAUUAGCGCUAUGGGACACUGCAGGACAGGAAGACUAUGAUAGACUCCGCCCCCUUUCUUACCCCGAUACAGAUGUGAUAUUAAUGUGUUUUAGCAUUGAUUCCCCUGACAGCUUAGAUAAUAUUCCUGAGAAGUGGACUCCCGAAGUUUGUGUAUUAACAUGUCUUUAA